UUAUGUCGCGGAACCUGUGAAAAAUAACAAAUAGCCGUAUUAACUAGAAUCUGUUAUUUUUAUCGCUAUUAUGGGCGAUUCUAUGGAAAUAGAUGAAGUUUAUGGGGCAGAUUCAGCGAACGAUUCUAAAGUUUCAGCAGAAAAGAAAAGACGGUCAGCUCUUUGGAAAUACUUCACGAAUUUGGACGAUUCGAGAGCAAAAUGCAAUAUUUGUUGUAUGGUCUUCUCCUUCAAAACUUCAAUAAGCAACCUCAAGAUUCAUCUCCAACGAAAACAUCACAAUGUAGCUAUUCCAGGAACGCAGUUCAAUUUGAGUCGAAAAGCUCACCACCACUCCAUCAGAAAGAGACCAAGGGAAAGAGAGUUAAAUUCAGCCCAUGGAGGCUCUACCCUCCAUAAUUCAGAUGUAACACCUAAAAAAUGGGAUCUUUUCACUGUGAAAGUAGCAGAGAAUUUGGCAGCACCAGAGGAGAAUGUGGUGAAGAUUGUAACACCAGAAAAGAUAGUAAAGGAAUCCAUAAAAAGGGACCAUUUCUUAUUUGGUUGUUCGGAUUUUUCCAGCAUCGCUAAUAAAUCUUGGUAUGUUGACAAGACCUUAUUCGUUAAGUCGAUUCUGAAAGAGUGUGAUAGACUGCUGAUAACCGCACCAAGACGAUGUGCGAAAACUACAAAUUUAAACAUGGUGAAGAAAUUUGUUGAGAUAGAAGUGAAUAGAAAUGGAGAACCUAUCAGUUUGCAAUUAGAGUCUGAAUCUAGAUUCUUGUGUGAACAACAGAUUUCGAAAAACUUCAAUAUGUUCACAGACAAAAAGAUAUUCAAUUUCACUAAAAAUGGGAAGAUUAUGUUUAACAAAACGUUAUUUUCAAAACAUUUUGGACAAUACCCAGUUAUGCACAUCAGGUUUAGAAAUGUCAUCGGUGAUAGUUACAAGGAAGUGUUGGCAUCAUUAAGAACGUGUAUAUAUUCCACCUUCUUAGAGCACAAGUACCUUGUGAGUAGUAAGAUUUGGGAUUUUGGAUAUAGCAAAUCGACCUUCAAAAGAUACAUAGAUUCUCAAGACUACGAUGAAAUACCAAGAGAGAAAUUAAAGUCCAGUCUUCAAUAUCUUUCGGAACUUUUAUGUGCUCAUUACGAAAACAAGAAUAAAGUUUAUGUUUUAAUUGAUGAUUUAGAUGCACCAAUAAAUAACAUAGUUCAAAAUAGUGACAUCUCUGAAGAAGAUUCGAAAAACGUUGUGAAAUUUAUUAAAGUACUUCUGUCGAAUUUGCUGAAAGAUAACCCCUAUGUCGAGAGGGUUCUAGCCAUGUCAAGUCAUCAUUAUGCCGAUAUCCUAAUCUCGGAAUGUAACGUCAUACACAAGCCCUACUUGCAGAAUGAUUUGUGUAAAUAUAAUGGGUUUACUAAUGCAGAAGUGGAGAAUCUCCUAUCUCACAUGGAUCUUACCGAUUCUUCCAAUGAGGUUAAAAUUUGGUACAACGGUUACGGAAUGAAUUUGAGCAAUGGUAACCUGGUAGAACUGUACAACAACUGGUCCGUCAUGCAGUACUUGUACGAGAAAGAAUUCAAGAACUAUCAACCUGUAGGUAGUUUGAAUAGGUUCAAAAAUGUCCUGCAGAGGCAGGAAAUAAAGGAUGAAAUCGAGAUUCUCGUCUCACGAAGGUUGGUUACAGUGAAAUACAAAAAUAACCUAAGUUUUACCGAUGUUCUCACACUGAAGAGGAUGCUGGGGAACGCAAACGUUCCAAUAAACAAGGAGGACAUCGACUUAUUCUUUCAGUUCUUGUAUGAGGCAGGAUUUUUGAACCAGCUGUAUCAUACAGAGGAAUCCAUUGAAUUAGGUAUACCAAACAUUGAAAUCUAUACUGAAUACUGCAAAUUCUUCUUCUCUUACAACUUUUUCAAAGAGUAUUACAAUGUGACCCAAGAAGAUUUAGAUUGUUUCGUCGCUUCCUUGAACGGUUUUCGAAAUAGUAGAGAUCGAGAAUCUAUCGUCCAGCUGGAGAUUGGCAUCAGGAAUUUGUUCAGGAAUGCCAAAGUGUUACCUCAGAACGAUUUCGAACUGCAAGCGUUGUUAUAUCACUUUGUGAAGAAGUAUUUUCCCAGCCUCAAAGGGGAGGCUUUGACCAUGCCCAAAAGGUACCUGAAGUGUGAUUUGGGGUUGCCAAUCGACGAUAAAGUGGGUGUUAUCAUUGAAAUAACGACUUAUGAUAGGUCUACAUCGCUAGACGCUUUGAGUCAAAUCGUGGCUAACAAAUAUAACGAGAUUUUGAGUUUCGAAGGAUUGACUGACGAGGUUUACAUUGGACUUCAUUUGGGUGAAGAUAGAAAGAUUACGAUCUCUUAUUUAGUUAACAAUUUCGACUUGGCUUUCGCAGAAACUGUAACGAGUUUUUGAAAAGUAAAAAUUAAUUUAAUUGUUAAUUAUAUUGUGACAAAUAUUCAA